CACGCGCAGAGAGCGCAGAGUUUCUCCAAACAGAAAGUGCUAGAGUCGGUGAACGGGAGCCACAGCAGCACUCGGAUUAAUCUCGUAUCGGAGUCGUGAGCGAUGCGCUGGCAGCAUGGCCAGAUGGUUCAAGGAGCACCUGGGUUUCAAAACCACCAAAGCCCCGCCACCAGCGCCUCCGACACCGGACUACCGACACUUCCACACCGCCGUCUCCAGCCUCCAGACGCCGCCGGGCACCGGGUUACUGUCCGCGCAGCCCGACAUCCUCACCGCCUACAAACUCCAGAAGGAGCUGGACUUCGAGGAUCCGUACACGCCGGGCGGAACCGUGCCCUUCUCCACCGGACUGAGUUCCGCGGCGGAGGUCAAGUACGUGUCUCCGAAGCACCGGCUGAUCAAGGUGGAGGCGGUCAGACCCCCCUGCUCCCCGCCCGCUGACCCCGAGAACGGCUCGCAGGAGAAGCUCAUCAUUCUAGAGGACUAUGCCGACCCCUUUGACGCAGCGGACCAGGCGGGUGGCACCCAGACGGUCACAGAAAAGCCAACGGAGAACGACGGCUACAUGGAGCCCUACGAAGCGCAGAAGAUGAUGGCUGAAAUCCGAGGCGGUCGCGCUCCUAAAGAUGGUCCGGUCCGGCAGCUUCCUCUAUACGACACACCGUACGAGCCGGAGGAGAACGGAGGAGAUCCAGACGGAGACUUGUGUUCCCGCGAGAGCAGAUUACCGCAGGACGACGAGAGGCCGCCGGAGGAGUACGACCAGCCCUGGGAGUGGAAGAAAGACCACAUAUCCAAAGCCUUCGCAGUAGAGAUUAAAGUCAUUAAGGAUCUGCCGUGGCCUCCUCCGGUCGGGCAGCUCACCUCCGGUCCUCCUCUGAUGGAGGCUCCGUCUUCUCCGGGAGACCAGCUCCAGCACGUGCAGUUUGACGGCGUGGAGAAGGAUCUGAAGUGUCGUCCGCUGCAGCGGCACUCGAGCGGGAAGAUGAGCUCUACCGAGCCGAGCGUGGGCGAGCGCAUCGACCCGGCCGUGCCUCUGGAGAGCCAGUUCUGGUAUCAUGGAGCCAUCAGCCGAACGGACGCCGAGGCUCUGCUGCGCUUGUGUAAAGAGGCCAGUUACCUGGUGAGGAACAGCGAGACCUGUAAGAACGACUUCUCGCUCUCGCUCAAGAGCAGUCAAGGCUUCAUGCACAUGAAGCUCUCCAGGACCAAAGACAGCAAAUACGUACUGGGUCAGAACAGCUGCCUGUUCGACAGCGUUCCCGAGAUCAUCCACUUCUACUCCAGCCGCAAACUACCAAUCAAAGGGGCCGAGCACAUGUCCUUGCUGUACCCCGUGGCCAUCCGGACACUAUAGAGGCAGAAACGCUGCCGAACCAGGAUAUUUGUUCAGCAUUUACAAGACAUCGACAAACUAAAGCGCUACUGAGAUCCCGAAGGCAAAAAGGGAGACUCCUGGACACCUCCUUCGUCUCAUCUCGAGGAAAGCAGUUUCUCUGCAGCAUUACGUUCUUCAAAUGCCUUCUUCAUGAUUCCAGACCCAUUUUCUUCCCAUAAGUGGAUCUUUAAACUUAGACCUGCACCCACACUUUAUCUCCACUGUUACACACUGUACAGAAACCCGAAACGUCGCUCGGACUUUACUAUUCGGAUGUUUAUAGUUACGAUUUCUGGACAUGUGAAUCAUUAGACGUUCUCGGACAUCAAAACGCCACAGUAAAUGAACAAAGACACUGAAUCGUACUGUAGCGAAACCUCAUCGUCUGGACUUUCUGUGACGGUAUUGUCAGUCAGUUGGGUUCGGUGAAAUAUUAAUCGUUAAGAGUGAACAUUUUCAGAUCAUACAGAAAAAUAAACCCCAGAAGACUGAAAUCGAGCGUUCGGCAUUUUCCAGUUAGACCCACAGAUGUAAAGAGCAAUCGCUACGCAGACAGAUUCAUUAAGUCCCUUAAAAUAGCAGUAAUAGCGCAGAGUGAGAGGAGAAGAGAUGGAUGGUGCCAUUUAAGUGCACUUGGACAGGCGGCUAUGCAGAACAGCGUGAAAAAGGACCUUUUAAUUUAACGUUCAGAGAGAGUCACUUUAUACACCAGAGUUUAGAGUGAUCUUGACCAAGGAGAAUGAAAUAUUCCUGUAUUGUCUACCUCAGAAAAUCAAUUUCGUUCGUCCAUCCGCCGGUCGAUAAGGUACAGUGACGUUGCAGAUAUCGAUCGGUUUAACUCUUUCCGUCUCAAAUUCCCUGCAGGUUUUGCCUUUUGGUUCGAGAAUAGCUUCUUCUUCUCCCGAUCGCAAUCAGACCUUCAUUUCUAUGCUGUUGUGACUCUGUUUGGUUAAUGCCUUAUACUGUAAAUGCAUGGUUUAAAAAAGAAAACAAAUGGAGAACGCUGUCGUUCUGUUCUCGAUGAAUGUUUAGUAGCUGUAAUUUAUUAUGGAGA